AUGUCCAAGGUGGCACUCGUUGCGGGAGCCGUUAAGCUCUCAAUUGACAACAAUAUUUGGUCUCUGAAUACUACAAGUGGAGCUAAUCUGUACAACCAGCUCAAGCAAUAUAUCCUUCCAGGAACAAUAGUAUUUCCAGAGAACUUGCCAUCAGUUGAAGAUGUACAAUCGGAUCUUGGACGGGCCUGGAACAAUGGCAUAGAUAAGGUAUAG